AAGAGGAGGGAGAAGGGAUGAAGUGGGGAACAUGAGGUCGUGUGCUUACGUAUUGUGUCCUUUAUUUAUUCCCCUCCCUGGCCUCACCUCAUCCUCCAUGUCAUAUACCUUGAUGUCGUACAUUACGUACUUUUUCACCUCGCGGUCAUGAGACAGGUUGUAUCGCAGCAGAUUAAAAGAAGAGUAUUAUAUUGUGAAAAACCUGGGAAAUAUACGAACAAUUCUAAAAAUAAAAUUAACAAGAAGUUGAAUGAAAGAAAUAUUAUUCUAAUUAAAUUCGAUCACUUUACAAAACAACAAACAUGAGUUCCCAAGAUAUGACUGAUCAUGCAUCGGAAGUGAGUCCUUCCGAUAUCACUUCCAAAACUAAAAGUUGGGUCCAAUUUGAGGAGGAAGUUGAACCAAGCGAGACAGUAUCUAAAGAUGAAUCAAAAUAUGUAAAUAAAGUUCAAAGAAAUACUCCAGCGGUGAUAAAGCCAGAAUCCGUAACAAUAAACGUUGAUAAAAUUGGCAAAACGGUUGAAAAUUUAGAAGUUAUUAAUAAAACUAAUAAUGAAUAUAGUGGUGCUGUGAUAGCAACUGAAUCCGUCCAAAUAAAUUUAGAUAGAUCAGGAUUAAGCCGAUCAAUUGUUUCCGAUAGUACAGAUCUUAAUGUUCCGUCCGAUGUUAAAGUAACAGAUCCAAAAAGUGCUUCUUUAAAGACAGUGGAUUUGCGAGAUGUAUCUAAUGGCAGAAACAAUCCUAGUAAUGUUAUAAGUACACCCAUUGGAAACAUUAGACAAGGAUUUGCAAAUGGUGAUACUAUUGUUACGCUUUUACCAGUUAAUACCAGAUGGCCUUGGAUAACUCCAGCUAAAUUUAGACCCGAAUUAGUUCCCGAAGAAUUAAUGGCACAAGGAUUAACGCUUACUGUUGAGGACUAUGUGCAUAUAAUGGAGUUGCUUGUAAACGAUGUACGUUUCAAUAUGUAUAAUGUAUGUUAUAAGAGAAUACUUGUCCUUUGGAUAUUUACUGCGUUUGUCGUAUUGCUUGGUUUGCUCUUUUCCGGAGUAACUGGCCUUACAUUGUUCGGGCUUGGCGUCAUGUGGCUAGUCCUAAAUGCAGCUGCAAUAUUCUUUUGCAUGUUUAUCAAAAUCAAAUUGAAUCAUAAUCUGGAAAAAUGUAUGGCACAAGUUAACAAGCAUUUAUUACGACAUAAGAUAUUACUUGGAUUGGAUGACAGAGGAAAAAUAUCCUGCCAUAAAGUUAAUCUAUGUUUCAUAUACUUUGAUACCACAGACUGUAUAAAAAAGCUCCAAGAGGUGAUAGAACGUGAAGAAUGUGAAGGAAGAAUAAUUAGAAGUAAUGAAAAUGAUGCACAACGCAAAAGAGAAUUACAGCAACGAAUGGAUAUUGAUGAUGGUGACAUUGUAAUACAAGGCAGUACGACAACACGAAUUUCCCGAAAACAGGGUAAAAGUGAACAAGUAUUAUGCCGUUAUGUGCAACGUUGGGCAAAGGAUUAUUUACGUCGACGUCUGGAUUGGACGGUCGAUGAAGAUGGUGGAAAUCCUUCUUCCCCACGUCAUAUCGCAUCUGCUUUGUGUCCGUGUCAAUAUAUUGAAGAAUGGUUGCGUAACAAGCCACGUGUACAGGGCAGAGAUUUUUGUCCCAGAUGGAGUAGUUUUUUAAGAGAUAGGGGCAUAUGAGAAUAAUAUAAAUACUUAUCUCUCCGCAUGUACUUAUUAUACAAUAGUUAUUAUAUAUAUAUAUAUAUAUAACAAUUUAUAAAUUUAUAAAGUUAAAUAAUGCACAGUAGGGUAAUAUGUUUAUGCAUAUUAGGGAGACUUUUGUUAUGUUAACGAUACAAGUAAGAAUUCCAUUAAGACACACAUUCCGUAUUUUACUUAUUCGACAUAGAUUUCUUCUCGAUUCUAUAAUUUGCUUUUAUUUAGCGCUUCGUUAACAUGCACGGAUUAUAUCAAAGUAUUAUGACCUCUGUUUACAGUAAAAACUAGUAUUACAUUAUGGCAAAAGAAAUAUUUACAGAGGUCAUUUAUUUCCAAGUAAUUAUUUUGUUCUAUUUCAAUUAAAUAUUGAAUUUGAUAUUACAUAGGCAACUAUAGCAAGUUAGGAUUUGAUGGGUUUUUUUUUACGAAUACACAUAACAUUUUUAAUAUUUCUAUAAACAAAAGAAAGAA